UGGGAGUGACGCGGAUAUGAAAGCUAGUUUAUCCCUCUUUCCUUCGCUAUGAAAAAUAUUUGGAAAAACCAGCCUAGCCACUGCCAGCCCUUGAUAAUUAGCUAAUAAUGAUGCUGCUUUACAUUAUUUGUUGAGGGAAUCAAAAGCGAAGUGCGCAGUGGUUAAAACAGAUUUAUCACUAACUGGGGAUUAGACUCGCCAGGGCCGUCCUCCGAGCUGCUGGGAUAACUUUGGAGAAGUUCUUUGUAUUCGGGAUAGCCAGACAGCUUGGCCGACAAGCUGAACAUGGACUGGGGCACAGAGCUUUGGGACCAAUAUGACAUCAUUGAGAAGCACACACAGUCUGGCCUGGAGCUGGUGGAGAAGUAUGUGAAAUUUGUGAAGGAGAGGACGGAGAUCGAGCAAAACUAUGCCAAACAACUGAGGAACCUCUCAAAGAAAUAUAACCUGAAACGAAGCAGCAAAGAUGAACCAGAGUGCAGGUUGUCCAGCUACCAGUCGUUUUUGGACAUCCUGAAUGAGAUGAACGACUACGCCGGGCAGAGGGAGCUGAUUGCUGAGAACAUGAUGAUGAACAUUUGCAUCGAUCUCACCAAGUACCUGCAGGAGCUCAAGCAGGAACGCAAGACGUAUCUGAUGGAAGCCAAGAAGGCCCAGCAGAGUUUGGAGAGCACCUACAAGCAGCUCGACAGUAGUAAAAAGCGCUUCGAGAGGGAAUGGAGAGAAGCGGAGCGUGCAGCACAGUACGCAGAGAAGACUGAUCAAGACAUUAAUGCCACGAAGGCGGACGUUGAAAAAGCCAAACAGCAGGCUCAUAUGAGAGCACACGUAGCAGAGGAGUGUAAGAACGACUACGCUGCUCAGCUUCAGAAGUACAACAAGGAGCAGAACCAGUUCUAUUUUAAUGAUAUGCCACUCAUUUUCAAUAAAUUGCAGGAUCUGGACGAGAGGCGAGUACGGAAGUUGGCGCAAGGCUACAUCUUGUUCUCAGACACGGAGAAGCAUGUGAUGCCUAUCAUUGGCAAGUGCCUGGAAGGCAUUACUAAAGCCGGCACUAAUGUUAACGAGAGGAAUGACUCCAUGGUUGUAAUAGAGCAGAACAAGUCUGGCUUUGAACGCCCUGGAGAUGUGGAGUUUGAGGACUACAGUCAGGGCAUCAACCGAGCCUCAUCUGACAGUAGCCUGGGGACGCCUAAAGGCCCCAUGGAACUUCUGGGGAAGAAUAGGAGCAAAAACUUUUGGCUUUUCAGCAAAAAGAGUAAGCUCUCUCCCUCCACGCUCCCACCUUUCUCCACACCCCCCGCCCCCUCGCCCGCUAACGGACCCCCUUCCCCCAAGUUUGGCCGGGACCCCCUGUCGUACUGUUUGAAGGAGAUCAAUAAGACAGUCAAACCCAGAAUCUCUUCCUUCCGGACACUCAGGAGAUCGCCUACAGUGACAGAGGACUUUGCCCAUCUUCCUCCCGAGCAGCGCAGGAAGAGGUUACAACAGAAACUAGAGGAAAUUUGCAAAGAGCUGCAGAAAGAAGUAGAUCAGAGCGAGGCCCUGGGGAAAAUGAAAGAUGUUUAUGAGAAAAAUCCUCAAAUGGGAGACCCUGCUAGUCUGGCAUCCCAAAUCAGCCAGACGUCCCAGAAUAUAGAGCGGCUCAGAGGAGAGCUCAACAAGUAUGAGACUUGGCUGGCUGAGGCAGGAGGUCGAGGGGACACGUUGCGCUAUAAAACUCACACAUUCAACAACAACGGAGCUCACGACACACUCAGCCCUGAUGGAGCUCACUCCGAUGAAAGUACUCCCGACCCCUCGCAGGCCAUCUACGCUGAGUUUGAUGAUGACUUUGAGGACGAGGAACUAGCUGCUCCGAUUGGGAAAUGCACAGCCAUGUACGGCUUCCCUGGUGCCAGUGAAGGGACCAUCUCCAUGCAGGAAGGGGAGGUGCUGGCCGUGGUAGAGGAGGACAAAGGGGACGGCUGGACCCGUGUCCGUAGAAACAAUGGAGAUGAAGGCUACAUACCUACAUCUUAUGUCACCAUCAGCCUCAACAAAUGACAGGCAUAUGAGGAAUAAAAGAAGAAGAAAUGAUCACUUCACCAAAACUGUAUGCAGUUCUUCCCAUGGGACCAAUCAUAAAGAAGCCACAGCACUAUGGGCGGGGCCACUGGUGUACCCAGAAGGGGAUCCAAAUAAGGUGCUUUGAUUUCUUGAGAGAGGUGCCCCAAAUGGGCAGAGGGAUGGCGCUGACGGUAUGUUCCUCGUGGCUUACAUUAAAUUAUUGUAAUCCCAGUUACCUAAGCAACCUAAACCACAAGGUUAUUUUACUUCUUGAUAUCACAUCACAGUAAUUUUUUGGUUUUGGUUAAAAAAAAAUGUUGCAUGGAUCUUAGGCACCAUCACGGUACGAGUGCUCGCCUUGUUCCACAGCCUAAUAAGGCAUUAGCUUCUGAAUGUGGGAGGAAAGAGUAGAGGGAGAGAGGAGGAAGAUGAGUGCUGCUGCCAUCUUUACACUGAGUGUUAAUACCAGUACAAACCUAGGAGGAAGUUACCUCACCUGUUUACCUUUUAUUCAGUUAAAAACUGACCUGCAGUUCUCAUUCGUCUCACGCGUGCCACUUUCUAGCUUUACUAGCACUUGUGAAGAUGUAUGGCACCGUCACUUUGCUCGUGGUUGGACUCCAGAUCCUGAGUGUCCCCAGGGGACGAGUGAGGUAUGGGGGAGAAUGCUUUACCUUUGGUUUCCAGCAAAUUGUGAGACCAAAUGUGUAGAAGCCUCCCCGUCGUGGUAAAACACAUGCACACAACCGUACAAAAAUAAGACAAUCACAGCCAUAUCAUCAUUUAAAUUCACUUUCAAUCCAUAGCAGUAACAAGGAUAUAACAGAUGUUUUCUAAUAGCUACAACCUGAAAAUUGUACUAAAAAUAAUUUAUUACAAAUGUGUAUGUUCUAUGAAUAAACUUUUUUUUUAGGUUUGACAGAAGUUGUACUUUGUAUUAAGGAUAUUCUCACAUUGUUCUUUUCCCCUUGCACACAUAGUGGACAGUCUGUAGCCACAAAAGGGAGUAAAUAAUGCACACAUCAAAUGCGCUACAUUAAGACUAUUGUAUUUAUGUAAUAAAUAAUAUAUAUUUUAGCUAUCACAACACCACUAUUGUCUUAUUAGCUUUUUUUAACCAUUCAAAUAAAGAUUGUUGCAUUGUGAGAGAAAACUAAAAGUCUCUAAUUAUGUUGCUAAUAAUGUUUGGAUUUACUUCACAUCUUCCAAGUCCUGUUUUUUAAUUACAUUGUUAUGGAGCCAGCAACAAGCAGUAACUGCUCACGUGUCUUUGGUGCCUUCCUCUUUAAAACCAUUGUGUAUAUAAACCAUUUUUUUUUUUUUUUUUGCAUAUAAGACAUUUUGUUUUCUUGAUAAAUGUAAAGCACAUUUCAAAGUUAGAAGUGGUUACAUCAUUUCUGGACUUGAAAAAUAAAUAUUUGAAACAG